GAAAAAAAAAAAAAAAGACAAGAGAGAAUUUAACCGUUUAACACAAAAAAAAAGCAGCAACACAAUUGUUUUAUUUAUCACAAUUCAACUAAUGGGGAAAGGAGGAGGUUAUGUGACGGUGACGGCGGAAGAAGUGGAGGAGCUACGGAGGAGGAACGGUGAGUUGGAGAGAGAAAUGGAGGAUAUGAAGAAGGAGAUGGUUCAGUUGUGGCGGCGGGCAGUGGUGGCGGAGGAGGCAGAGGAGAGACUCUGCUCGCAACUGGCGGAGCUUGAGGUCGAGUCUCUAGAUCAGGCGCGUGACUAUCACUCUCGUAUAGUCUUUCUCAUGGACCAAAUCUCUCGUCUCUCUUCUUCCUCUCUUGAAGUCGUUGUAACAAAUUCGUAGAUACAAAAUUGUUAUUUUGUCUUUAGACCUUUUUAUUGUGAGAUCCAAGUAGUUUAAUGUUAAAAAGAUAUGUAAAUAAAUUCUGCAUAAAAGAUUACAAAUUUUCAUUUUCAUCAUA